CUGCCUUUCAUACAUACGCCAGAGCGCAGACUGCAGCAGAACGCAGGGCCAGUAGGAUUUUCCUCCUCAUACUGGAACAGCCGAGAAACCAGAGAGACAGUUUGCCGCUGAGGAAGAGAGCGACAUUAUUCAUGGAGGAUCCACUGAGGAGUACCUGACCCACAAGCUGCCGAGUGUGUGGGUUUGUAUCUGGCUCACAGAAGCAGUUGUGCGGACUCCUACGCGCACUCAUCCCUCCUUCGGGACAGGCCCACUCCCUCCUCAUUUAAGAAUAGGAUGCCCGGCUCUGCGCCCUUGUGCUGAGGAGGCGUCUGCGGGCAACAGUAUGGGCGCUGUGCUGGCCGGCAUCCCCACCACCCCCUCCACCACCGAUCUGCCACCACCACGCUGCCCCACCGAGACGGGCGCUUCCCCCAGCCCCGCUGAUGGGCGAAGACACUGACGCCACACCGACGCUCAACCACCGCGGCUUCCUCCCCGACCACAAUUAUGUGACUGAAGGGCUGCUCCUGGCUAUAGCCUGAAGAGCUCCGCCCAUCCUGUCCACCCCUCUCCACCCUGGAGUCCUCCCCCAGGAUGUUGAGCCCCAUCCAGGUCCUGUGCUCCGACAUCACUACCCUUUCUCUGGAGCCCGAGCCGUUUGCCUCUUACACUGAAGCUGAUAUCAUCUCCACUGUUGAGUUCAACCACACCGGAGAGCUCCUGGCCACAGGGGACAAGGGAGGCCGAGUGGUCAUCUUUCAGAGGGAACCUGAGAGCAAGACUGAGCCAUUCUCACAGGGAGAGUAUAAUGUCUAUAGCACCUUCCAGAGCCAUGAGCCCGAGUUCGACUACCUUAAGAGUCUGGAGAUUGAGGAGAAGAUCAAUAAGAUCCGAUGGCUGCCUCAGCAGAACGCCGCACACUUCCUCCUCUCCACCAAUGAUAAGACCAUUAAGUUGUGGAAGGUGAGUGAAAGAGACAAACGGCCGGAGGGGUACAACCUGAAGGAUGAAGAGGGUCGCAUCAAGGACAUCUCCACCGUCACCUCCCUACAGGUGCCGGUGUUGAUGCCGAUGGACCUGAUGGUGGAGGUGAGCCCACGGCGAGUGUUUGCCAACGCCCACACCUACCACGUCAACUCCAUUUCCGUCAACUCCGACUAUGAGACCUACAUGUCAGCCGAUGACCUGAGGAUCAACCUCUGGCAUCUGGACAUUACCGACCGCAGCUUCAACAUUGUGGACAUCAAGCCAGCCAACAUGGAGGAUCUGACAGAGGUGAUCACGGCGGCUGAGUUUCACCCCCACCACUGUAACCUGUUUGUCUAUAGCAGCAGCAAAGGCACCCUGCGCCUCUGUGACAUGAGAGAAGCAGCGCUCUGUGACAAACACUCCAAAUUGUUUGAGGAGCCCGAGGACCCCAGCGCCCGCUCCUUCUUCUCCGAGAUCAUCUCCUCUGUGUCCGAUGUCAAGUUCAGCCACAGCGGUCGCUACCUGCUCACCAGAGACUACCUGACUGCCAAAGUCUGGGACCUCAACAUGGAGAGCAAGCCCCUGGAGACAUACCAGGUUCACGAUUACCUCCGCAGCAAGUUGUGUUCCCUUUACGAAAACGACUGCAUCUUCGACAAGUUUGAGUGUGCCUGGAACGGCUCAGACAGUGUCAUCAUGACUGGAGCCUACAACAACUUCUUUCGCAUGUUCGACCGCAACACCAAACGCGACGUGACCCUGGAGGCAUCACGAGAGAGCAGCAAACCCCGUGCCGUCCUGAAGCCGCGAAGGGUCUGCGCCGCCGGAGGAAAACGCCGGAAGGACGACAUCAGCGUGGACAGCCUGGACUUCACCAAGAAGAUCCUCCACACAGCCUGGCACCCGACUGAGAACAUCAUUGCCAUCGCCGCCACCAACAACCUGUACAUCUUCCAGGACAAACUCAACUCUGAGAUGCAUUAAUGAAGGGAUGUCAGCAGCGGAUACAAACGAGUUUACACCUGAACACACAGCUAUGCCAGAAUGUACACAUUUACGGACAUACACACACAGGAAUAUGCCUAACACACACCUACACAGUCAGAAAACACACACACAUUUAGGUCUACUCUUUGACACACUCCCUCACCUCCUCCCCACCCAGCCUCCCAGAACUGAAAGGACCUAGAAAGGGCUAGAAAGGGAACAGGCUGGAUUACGCAAUGGAUUAUGGAUUGCAAAAUUGUCCAAACUGUGGAUUUCUUGAUUGUUAAGCUCUGGAUUGUGCUUGAUGGUGUGUUGAUUGCUACAGCUCAGCUUCUGAGAGGGAUAAACCCCCCCACCCGGACUGGAGAGAUGUUUACAUAUUUGUCUUUUUUUUUUCUUUUUUUCUUUUUUUUUUUUUUCUUCAGGCUCUUUUGCUUUCUCCACCUCCUCCUCCUCCUCUCCUUUCUGUAUUUGUGUGCUCGAACAAAGCCUAUUCUUAUCCCUUGCCCACUGUUUUGUGUAACGAAAACCCUUCGUGGUUGUCAACCAGCGGCACUGAUGAAAAUGGGGCAUUUACGUAACUGGCUGAUUUUUCCGAUCAGCUGAACACCCCCCUUCCUCUGUUUUCGUAACUUCUUGUUAAAUGAUGUUAAUGAUGGUAAUUAUGAUGACGAUUUAAAGUGAUAACGUGUGAUGUGCAAGGAUGAAUUCGAGACCCUUCCCCUCAACCCAAGUGCACCCAGACGCCUCUGAGCUCAACUGGACCGUGUUCAGUCAGUGAGGUCAAACAUUGACAGUCCUGCAGACAGAAGCAGAAGUUACACCACGGCCUAAUGUGAGGACACACACUCAUAUCUGCUCCACAGUGUGUUUCAGUCAUUAAUGUCAUCUCCGGCCCUUCUCUGAUUGUGGAUUCUGCUUCUGGUCCGAGGCUACAUCGUGUGCUACUUUGCCGUUCAAUACAACUCAAAUCAAGCAAAAAAAAAUAAACUUAAAAAAUGAAAUAAUUUCAACAAUCAAGCAAAAAGAUGCUGCAUGUAAAACCAAUUUAGCCUAGGUGUUUAUAAAUUGACUGACUGACUUGGCUGCCUUCUUAACCAUUUAGACCCAGCUGUACAAAGGCUUCAGGGGCCCCGGGGCCCCGUGCAGCACGAGUAACCAUAGACGACUGAGCUCUCCUACCUUUAUUUGUGUCUUUGGACACUGAAGCAUGUUUACCAGUGUUCGGUUCAUACACUUACAUGUACAUUUUGAAUGAAGCCGUCCAAGAAUCAGUUUCUCCUCGACUGAAACUGAGAACCAAGGAGAAUGGGGAAUGUUUUCAUUAAUGUUGUUCUCUAAAAGAAAAAAGAAAAAAAAAUCAAAGGGCCUAAAUGGUGUCUGUAUAUAUCAACUCUGUUUUUGACAUGUAUGAGGUUUUGUUUUUUUAAACAUCCUUAAACGGACUGCGGACACGAUCAUCCGCCUCGAUGACCGCCUCCAAAGCUACAGCAGAGAGAUGGUACUCUAAUCUCCUCAGCCUUCCUCACUUGAUUACUUUGCUGAUGUGCAGAAGCUUUUAUUUUUUAGAGAACAGUUUAUUCUUUUAUUUAUCCUUUUCUUUUCCUGUCAGUUUUCACUCCACCACGUCCUGACCAAACUAAUGUUGAUUCACAUAUUUUUGUGUUAAUGUAUGUUGAUGACAAAAUUGUCAAAUGGACAGUUAUAAAUAAUGUUAAUAUGUUUUUUUUCUGAAUAAAGAUUUCAACGAAAUUGCAUCCAA